CUCCUUUGUGCUUUGAACCUUGGUUUGCAUCAUGGACUAUGUGCAAUGGCGCCGGGGACGCAAGUACCUUGGUAUGAACAUUGGAGUGAUGGCGUACACUACCCUCCUGGCGUUUGAGGCGUGGUUGUUGGCAAACGAGACCUGCGGUAGACCCUUUCCUGUUCAUCAAUGGAUAGAUAGAGAGUCCAGACUUCGGUCUUUCGCCAUGGAGCCGAAGAUCAUGAAAUCAGGGUCGGGGAGGCCGAUGUCAAUCACGUAUCCCUACGUCUCCAUUGGAGGAACGCUGGAUCUGAAUGAUGCUUGGAGAUGCCGUUUCCGGGAAUGACGAUUCUGGGGAGGCGAUUCCCCGGAAAGAGAGAAAGGCGGGGAGUUGGAGAACACGGAGUUCGCCUUUUCUUUCGGACUGGGUCACGAUGUGGCACGUCUUGGAGGCAUUGUGUCGGGGUUGGAAGCCGAUUAGGACCAUGGAUGGGCUUGGAGGGAAAGGUCCGGAUCGGGAUCUUUGUCUAAUUGUGGGUUUAGCUGUCGGGAUUGG